GUUGUCAACAAAUAAAUAAUUUACUGCAUUGCGUUUUUUUCUCUCAUGAAUUUCUCGUCCAAAGUGCUCUUUUAUUGAAUCAAGACCAAUUUGAAUUCAGAAAAAAAAAAUGUUAUACCGGCUGUGAAAAAAACCUAUUUAAAGAGUUUAAAUUUACCAAAAAGAAAAAUAUGAUUCCAACCAAAUAUGAAACAUCGAGCAAGACAUACUUCAUAGAAAUUUCGUUUGGAAAAUUUGCGGUGACCAUAGUAUCGUUGCCAUUAUUUAGUUUUAUUUUCUGUGUUAUUUGGUCCGUCCUGUAUUUUUAUGACAGAUCAACGGCAACGCAUUGCGGCGUUGUUAAUUAUUUGCCAUCAAUAUCGGCCGCUAUUGGAAAUUAUCAGCCGCAACGUUUUAUCUGGCAAUGUGCGAUUCUGUUACAAGCUUUGCCACGAUUCUUAGUCGCUCAACAGUAUUUACGGCACAACAGCAAUCGCAUCCGAAGAAGUCGUCGUGCUUUUGCCUACCUGGCAUUUCUAUUGAAUAUUAUUGAGAAUAUUGCAUUGGUUGGACUUAGUCUGUGGAAUUCAUCUGACUUUUACGAGAUCCAUAAAAUAUGCUUCAUUGUGUUCAUUGCCACUUCAGAGUUUUAUAUGCUCAUAUCGUACGUUCUCAAUCGAAAUUCGCGUAAAUUGUUGGAUGUGGUGUCAAGCGUUGAACGAAAAUCGUUGUAUUACAAGCGAGCCCUUUUAUUCAUAAAUAUUGUUAGCUUCUGGUGCGCUGGAUACUUUUUUCUGCGACAUAAUUCAUACUGUGAAGCCGGUGUUUAUACAUUAUUCGCUUUAAUGGAGUACGUUGUGGUUGUAACAAAUAUGGCCUUCCAUAUGACUGCUUAUUGGGAUUUCUAUGAUAAGCUCAUUGUCUGCGACAGAAUAAAUGGUUUCGAUAUGAUCACAGCCAAUCAAUACAGUCGACUGAAAUGAAUGUAUUGAAUUCAAACAGCGCAAAUUUUUACGUUUUAAAAAAGUCACUACAGCAUUAAGUUUUUGCAUUAAAAAUAGAUAGAAAUAAAAAAAAACGCAAGCUUUACACUAUA